UAAAGUACCACCGGAAGAAAACGGGCCAAGAGAGAAAAUGGGCGUGCAGCAUCUUCUGAAGCUGAGGAUGGCAUCCUAUUCCCACCUCCCAGCUGCGGCGCCCGCCGCGCGUUCCCUAUCAGCGCUCUCGUCCAUCUUCCUCAGCCUUUCCUCCGCCGCCCCGUCGUCCCCCCGGCCUGUCUCCCUCUCCUGCUCGCGGGCUUACUGCUCGGUCGUCAGACCUGCCGCCGACCGGUGCUGCAGCAGGAUGGCGGGCCGGCGAUUUCCGGGCGUCGUGGCGAUGUCGUCUUCGGCGCCGACGUCGGGCCCCGUGCAGAAGUCGGAGGAGGAGUGGGAGGCCGUCCUCACGCCGGAGCAGUUCCGCAUCCUCCGCCGCAAGGGCACUGAGUAUCCUGGAACAGGUGAGUAUGACAAGUUCUUUGACGAGGGUAUUUACGGAUGUGCUGGGUGCGGAACCCCCUUGUACAAAUCAUCUACAAAGUUCAAUUCUGGGUGUGGUUGGCCAGCAUUUUAUGAAGGAUUUCCUGGAGCCAUAAAACGAACAGCGGAUCCUGAUGGGAGGCGAGUUGAGAUCACGUGUGCUGCUUGUGACGGACAUCUGGGCCACGUGUUCAAAGGGGAGGGGUUCAACACGCCGACUGACGAGCGACACUGUGUUAACAGUAUCUCACUCAAGUUCAUUCCAGCCUCGGAAGAAACAGAUAGUUGACUGGCAGUGGAUGAGCAUCGAGAUGGGAAAUGAAAAUGAAGUCUUUUGGGGCAGUCCCUGUAGUGAUUACUGACUACCUUCUCAUGAGAUUUCAGAACACUGUACUUUUGUCAAUAAUGCAAGGCCUCACGACGGAUCAUUGUUAAUUUUGGCAGUAAACUGUGGCAUACGUAAAUUCUAGUUUUUAGUUUUCCCAUUGGAAAUGAAUAGAAUGGAAAUCCUGUACAUUCGAUAAUAAAGUGAACUGAACGAUGCAGCAUUGCAAGUUUGCAACU